UUUUCAGCGUGCCACCCCGUAUAAAACCGUGACCGGGGUCACGGCGCGAUACCAACAGGUGAUGCCGAAGAAGGAGGAGGACACUCCCUCGAGCGGCAUCUCGUCGAGCGUCUCCCUCGGGUCUCGCCGCCGCCGCCGCCGCCGCCGCCGCCGCCGACGACGAGGACGGUGAUUUAAUAUCGCUCUCCCGAGCCUAUCGCUCGCCCCGUACCCUGCGGAUUACCGACCACCAGCCCGAGAAAUCCACAUCUAGGACUCCGGCGUCGGGAUAAACGCGCCAGGGGAUCGCGACCACUCGCGCGUAUACUCGGGCGGAAUGCGGGAGGAAAUUCGACGGGCGAGAAACGUGUUGUCGACGAGAAGCGGCGGCGAAAGUUUCGAUCGGUCGAUGAUUUAGUGGCCAGGCCGUUCCAUAUAGUGUGCUAUACCCCGAUACUGCGAUUCUCCCGACGCCACGCAGCCUCCCGCACGCCCCGUUCUACCCCCAGAGAGUAGAAACGUCGACGUGCUCGGGAUGUAGUUACGCAAGAUUGACACGAGCGCGGGAUCCGGGACGAGUGCGAUGAUCGAGUGUUCCCUUCCACGCGCUGGAUUCUGACAAGAAUCCGAGAUCGUAUGUUCCUGAGGCCUAAGAAUCUGGAAAACGUGAGGGAUGCCACAAGGAAGCAUUCAAUGGCAAGGGACGCAGAGAAGAGCCUGCGGGCCUGGGGCUAAUUGGAACGUACAGGUGGUGAGAGGCAAGGUGACAACGCGGUGCUUGUGGCACGCCUGCAAAGCUCUCGGAAUUGGGCUGCUGCUAAUGCUUUUAGGAGCUUGCAUGGCGACUAUAGGAUAUUAUGCGGAUCAGUUGUCGGUGGCGCAAGAAAUCAGAGGUAACAUCACGGUAAAAGUAAAGAACGAGUCGCGCGGUUUUCACCUGAAUAAUUUGAGCUACGCCGGUCCGGUCGUUAUGGGUCUAGGAGGCUUCAUUGUGGUAGCUGCCUGCGUAAUGACUUUCGAGGCGCGUGACAGCGCAGCCAAGGUGGUACCGGCUCGUUAUCGGUACAACCAGGCAUCAACACUGAGGAGUUCAAAGAGCCAGCGCAACAGAAGAUCGACUUCAAGCCAGACGACAAAGUGGGACCAUCAACUAGGCCUGUUUAGAGUGAACCGCAGCCCGAGCCCCAGUACGCACGAAGUCUCCCGGAAACAGCUGACGGCGGAGUUCCUGCAGUUUUCAAAAGAUCUGCAGGAGAAAGCCGUUGCGCACUCCAUAAAGAAGAGCCCGAGCGCACCAACGUUAAUCGACAAGAAGUCGCCGCGGCGAAGAUCGCCUAAAUACGCGGGUUGCUCGCUACUUAAUCCAGAAUUGCUACAGAGACACGCUCUUUCGGUCGACAAUCCGAGCUACAGCCCGCAUCAGAUCAGCAGAGAAAGUCUGGAGCAUCAAAAGAGUGGUAGCCAAGCCUCAAUGGCGAUGGAUCUACAUAUUCCGAACAGAGGUCCCGUUACGCUUAAAGUGAAGGACCGAUCUGACACAGCGAGACGACAUCAGCUGCUUCGUCAAACAAAAGUGGAAGACGUUGAAGAAGUCGAUGAAGCAAUACGACCACAACCGAAUCUCGUGCACUCGCCUAAGUUGCCAGGUGCCUAUUGCAGAUAUCCAGACGACUUCGUGCCAAGAAAGAGAAAUUCGAUAGACCUGAGAUUAUUGGAAGAGUUGACUGUAGUCUCGAAAGAAUUUAAGGCCUCGCCACGAGACUUCCGCAAGACCUCCUCUCCGAAUUUCCGUAAAAUGUCCUUCGACAGGAUCGGCGGUGAUCGUCGCCUCGAAAGAACGAUGAGCCAUCGAAAAGCCAGCCUCGAGUUCCGAAGAAGCCCGGAUUUUCGAAGAGGGGACUACAGGAAACUCUCGGUAGAUAGAUUCAGCGUCGAUUGCACCCGGUACAUGUUUGACGAAACGGAGAUGAAGUCACGCGCGAGCAGCGGGGAGAAUUUGCGAAGGCAACCGCGUCAUCCUAAGCUACAUCAUUCCAGGUCGGACGACAACAGACGACGAUCCUUCGACAGGCAUCCGAAGGAUUCUCAGUCGAGUCGGCACUCCCUGAACACUCAGGCCGUUAUGGAAGGUUCCGGGUCGGAUUGCGAGCCAAAAUACUUUACGACGGUGUCCCUCGACACCGAGGAAAGCCGCGGCGACAAUUCCGAUGAGAGUCACGUAGUGGAUAUCGAGGAGGCGAAUCCUUUGUCAUCUGAGGGGCCUACAGAGGGUGAUAUGCUGCUCGAAGAACCGGAAUUGGAGAACGUAACGGAGAUCGACGUGGAAAGCUCGGGGGAUGAUCUCGACGACGAUGGGAAGACCGAAUCGCGUAGAUCGACGAGCGAAAAGACCGAUACGACGAUACAGGGUCAAAAUCCCAUAAUUAUCGCCGACGACAUGGACCCGCAGACGAUAGCUGAGGAAGCGGCGCGCAAUUCGGGGCAGAUCGAGAAACACGAGACGACUUUGUACAUAGAAAAUGACGAGGUGUGAAGGGAACAGGAGAGAUUUUUAAGGAUUAACAACGGGCUCAGGCCAUCUUGGGAAAAUAACCACGACGUUUGCGAAGCGAGGGAAUCGACGGUGUUCAACAUUGCUGGCAAUGUUUCUUCGCAAAUGUGAAAGGCUCACGCGAGGAUUCGGCGAUGACUAUCGAUCGAUCGCGCGGUUGUCUUCGAAUACGACGUUACGUCGUGAAACAUAUGCUCAACGAUUUAAAAUUUAACACACGGCAUAAUUAAAAAAAAAAAAAAAAGGUCACGUACGAAUUGCGUUUUGUAACGAGACAAUCAUUUUUUUAUCGGCAUCUCACUUUGCCUUUCGCACGAAGGUGACGAGGAUACAACAUUUGCCACACUGAUGACAAAUAAUUGUUACCAACAAAUUUUGACGUAGCGCAUAGAACGGUAGUAGAUCUAACGUAAAGUAUAAGAUUCGUUGAAAUGCAAACGUGUGAUUAACCAUAUCAAAGGGGUUUUUUUGUACUUGUAACGGGAACUGUUCAUACCUGUAAAUACGUUUCAGACUAACUCGUUCGAGCGUUUGUUGAUGUGUCAAGUCUCUGGCGGUAAAGUCGGAGGAAUGUAUGUAAGUAUAGCGCGAUUCAAAAUGAAUCUUGUACGGUAGAAAACGGUGUUAUUAGAAUACAAAAAAUGUAUACAGAGUCUCAGACGACGCGCUUAUUCUCAGUUCUUAAUACUGCAAUAAAGGGAAAAUAAAUAAUGCGUUCAUUUAACGAAACAAAAAUUAUUUCUCAGUGAUAAUUUAAUUUCCGUUGGAUUGCCGAAACGUGCAAGUAAAUAAGAAAACGUUAUCUUUUACGAACAAUUUAAAGUGCACUUCAUUUUAACAUAUAUACAAAAUUUUAAUUUGUUACGAAUUUACCAAGGUCUUCACGUAGGUAAAUGUAAAAUACGUAAAUAGUAAAAUGUGCAGUAAACAUUAUGUGUAUGUAUACUUUAUGAAUAUUUACGAAGAUUGGCGACGUUUUAGCGAUUAAGGGAGAUCUGUGUGGAAUAUAUUAGCCGUAAUUGCAUUUAUAUAUAUACACAUACAUUACUCUUUACACAAGAAUCAUGCAUUUAUAUGGCACAAUUUUCUCGUAUGAAAGCAGAAAUGUUAUAAUCGCAUCGACAUGAAUAGAUUUGAGAAUUGAUAUGAAGAAGAUGUUUAAAGAGGCUAGAUUUAAAGACGAUUUAAAAAGGAUACAAACCAAUAAAUUAUAUCUAUCAGAAUAAUAGAAGUAAAUAUUUAAACAUUUUUAUGUUAUAAUUGUAUUAGCUCGUUCUUUAUAUAUACUUGUUAUUUAUUUUACACUUUUAAUUUCCCGUUAAUAUUUACGCUAUAUAUUUUCGUUACAUGUGCAUUACAAUGCACAUACUCUAAAAACAUUGAUUUGUAUCCUUUUUAAAGAUUCGAUCGAUUUGUUGCAGUUGUAGCAAUAAGAAAGAUUCAAUAACUUUCGUAUGAGAUUCAUAAAAAAAAAUGUCAUAUUAAUUCAUCCGUUACAGUAAAUUUAAUAUUAAAUUGUUGUUAGCUAUAUUUUCCAAAGUUAUUACAAUAACUGAUUAUUCGACUAAAAUAAAGUUGUUAUUGAAUAAAGUGCAUAAUACAAAGUAAGAGUUAAUCAAUUAUAAACAAUUAAUAAAAAAUUUUUGAAUAUCAAUAUAUGACUCUUGAUUUACUGCAUAAUAUCUUUUUUAACUAUGCCUUUUUGUUAUACAUAUAUAUUGAAUGCAAAAUUUUAACACAAGUAAUUUUUAUAGAAUAAAGUUUCACAGAACUUUAUUUUAUAUUAUAUUUGUUAUGUUACAUCAAGAUAUAUUAUUUGAAAACAAAUAUAAAUAGCCUUUCUCUCUCUCUCUCUCUCUGUCUCUCUCUCUUUCUCUUUCACUUAUUAAAUGUGUUAUUAAAGAAAAGUGGUAACAAAUGGAUUAAUAUGGAUCUCAUUUAAUAUUAAUACCAUCGAAAAUAUCUUUAAGAUUCUUCUUAAAACCAACCAUGAAACAUAUAUGAGAAUUGAAAAUGUAUAAAUCUCAGGUCUCUUCCGAUCAAUAUUGUUAACGCAUUUGCCGUUCGCAUACGCGAAACAACGGCCUAUUCCGUACUUCUUCGUUAGAUAUUUAGGCGAUGACAAAUCAUAAAAGAAUCCGAAAUCACGUCAAACUCGAAGCUUUCGAUACUCGAUACUUGAACCACCCAGUGAAAGAAAUUAUCUAAUAUUGCAGUACUAUCUAGUACUGCAAAGUACUGCGUCGUUUACGGCACAAUGUCUAACGGCGUCGAGUAUAACAAUUGUUCUUAACCAAGCGGCCCAAGCGCGCGUAUAAUAUAUUUUUAUAUCCCGCAGCGAGUUCGUACAAUGUUAAUUAUAUACGUAUGUUAACGAUUGAUAUCUACUGAGAAAAGCGACAUUGUUUUUAUUUCGAUAAGCGCCUAGUGGUCAAUUGUUGGCGAACUUUUCCACUUUCCACUUUUCAGCUCACACCAGUAUUAUUCGAAAUAGCAUCGUUUCACAUCAAAUAGUUAUAUGACCGUGAUCUCGAUAAAAUGUUAAAAUUGUCACUCUUUCAUCCCAAUAGUCGCGUAACAAGUAGAUUAAAAAAAUGUACUACAUUUUGAAAAACAUACAUAUGUUGUAUAUAAUGUGGUAAUAGUAAUCAUCUUCGUUUUGAAAUCAACAAAAUAGUCUCUUAAGACUUUAUAUUUAAUCAAUUCAUCUUUGUUGAGAAAAUAAUGCAUACUGCCUAACUUUUAUUUUGUUUGAAAAAUGAUAGUUCUUAGAAAUUAUUUAGAAAAAAUUAUUUCUGUUAUGAAUAUGAUUCACGAAAUAAAAGUUCAGAAUUUACAGAAAUGAGAAUUUACGAAUUACGUGAAUACAGAGACGCAAAAUAAUUUCAAAUUUUUCAAGAUUUUAUAAAAAGUUUAACAAAUAAAUAAUUGCAGCGAUAAUGAAAGCGCGUAUUCUAAAAUGUUUGUUUAAACGAAAUUACUAGACAAUAGAAAAACUUUUACGUAAUUUCAAGUAAAAUCAGAACACAAUAUCCGUCAGCGUAAAUAAAAAAGAAUCGAGGAAGAAUUUAAAACUCUUAAGGUAAAAUAUUAAAAUAUUAAAAUUAAAAAUUUAGAAGAUUAUAUUUUCACAAGCGCUUUCAACUCUAUAUCUAUCUCUAUCGAGUUGUUAAAUAUACAACUGACAUCAGAGAAUAAAAAAAUAGAAAAAAAAAACAACUUAUUUUUGCAAUAUUUUAAAAUUCAUUUAAUUUAAUUGGAUCUUAAUUUAAAUUUUAAAUUUUGAAAAAAUAAAAUUUAUCUGGAUUUUGAACAAUAAAUUUAAUUAAUAGAAAAAAAAAUUUACUUUCAAAAAUUUAUUUUAAAAAUAUAGUGCCUCUAUAUCUAUAUCAUAAAAACAAAUCUUUAAAUUGGUCAAUAAAUAUCUAUUAUUAAAACUGAUGUCAGAGUUUGUGGAACACGCUGCACGUUAAAAUUGUUUGAAUAUGAUCAAUGAUUAGAUAUUAUUGAUUAAAAUACGAUCGAUAUUCGUACAGGAUUGUUUUAAAACGUAGAAAAUAUAAAGUUGAAAAAAUAUUAUAAUAAGGAAGAUACAAUCAUAUGCAAUAUAUUGUUGAUAUGUAAAUUAACGAUUAAAUAUCGAUUGAUAUCAUAAUAAUACCGCGCCUCUUAAAGUCGUCUGGUAUUUUUCUACCAGGAAUGUGUAAAUCUAGUGUAUCAGGUGAUGUAUGAAACCGAGAUACGUUAAUGUCUUUCAUAAUUUUCUAAUCCCUCGUUGAAACGGCUUACACGUUUGAAAAACCGCGGUUUUACAUAGUAGAAUUAAACUGUAUCCGCAGUUAUUAUUCUGUAGCGGACACGAAUGUAUGUGUGGACAUGUACAUAGCUCAUAACGGAAUAAAACAUAAUCGAACUGUGAUCGAGAUAUAACUCAAUGAGAAGCAUUAGAUUUUUUGCAAAUGUGCUGUCGCAGGAGCAAAUAAACAUAAUUGAAAUAAGAAUUAUCAAAAUUAUUAAGAAACAUAAAGAGGUAAUACUUACGUUUAUUCACACAAUGGAUUAAGAAUAACUUUAUUCUUAAGUCUCAUAGCUCCAUUGUGAGAUAUUCCAUUGAGAGAUUGAGUAAUGUAUCAAUUACAUGACAUAUCUACUCUCUAUUAAAACUAUAUAAUUGAAAAAGAAAAAUAAUUAUCUUCAAUAUUUGAUAAAAAUUUUCGUACAAAAGCGAAAGAUAACAGUUUACUUCAGCUCUAUCACGUUACUAACUUAAAUUAUUUAAUUCGUAUUAAAUCAAUGUACGCUUUGAAAAAUUUCAACUGUUUAAAUAAUUUUUUGCGACAAUCAAACAUCAGAAGUAUCUUAAUUUUUUCGAAAAGUUCAACGAUAUUGUUCGCGACAGCGAGGUACCUUUUAGUUCCAAGGUUUUCCGAAAUUCUUUUCGAAGAGUGCGACCGAUUCUAGUUCUGAUAUAUAAUUAAUAGGAACAAUAAGCAUAAGGUGUAAAAUUUUUAAGUCAGUGUAACCCUUGCAUGCUAAUGGUUGUAACAUAUCAAUAAAAAAACAUUCCAAGAUUAA